AGAGCUUGCAACGCGCCGUGGACGGCACACGGAAUGUACAACCGCUCGACGAACUGCAUGGUGGCCGUGCUGGCUCGACGAGCUGAACGGUGGCCGUGCUGGUGGAGCGAAGCCUCGGCUCGGCGGAGCACGCGCCCCCCCCCCGCCCCAUGGAGGCGGCCCGCGGGGGGCCUUCCCGAGCCGUGCGCGCGCGCGGGGCGCGCGGGCCGCGGCCUCUCCACAUCUCGCGGCCCGCCCCGGCCCUCUGUCUCCGGCCACGCGCGUCACGCCCGCGGCAGCCCGGCGGGCCCAGGAAGGGAGAGCACCGCCCCAGAGCAUUCCGUCGGGCUCGUCCUCAGUGGGCCCUGGAAACAAAUCUCUUCCUCCGCCUCGAGAAGCUUCCUCGCUCGCCCGUCGACCGUCCCCGGCCGGGCUGGUCCCCGCCGCGGCCCGCGGGGCCGGCGGCGCGCGGGGCCCUCCGCGGAGCCUGCGCGCGCCCCUUCCCCCCCCCCGAUGCGGAGCCUGCCGCGCAUGGCGCAGCGGAGACGGCAGCGCGGUGCCUGGCGGUCGGCAGCACGAUCCUCGGCGCGAGGCGCAGGCGGCCGAGGAGCCCCCUCGACGGCAGGGUCCUCGCGGGCUGCAGGCUGCGGCACGUCGCAGGGCAGGGCGCAGGCGCGGCGCAGUGCCUGGCCCUCCCGGGCCUCGGCGUGUCCGUCGUGACCAGCCUCGGCGGCGACGGCGACGGGAGGUGUACAGAUGCCGCCGCUCCGCGGGCCCCUGCCGGGGCGGCGCGGGCCUCCUGCAGGAGGCCUUGGAGUAGCAUCCCAGAGCUGGCCGGCCGGGACACCGCCGAGGAGGCGGCAUUGGCCCUGGCCAGCGCGCGCCCAGGCCGCACGGUGGUCGCCACCGAGGGCCCGCAGGUGGCCCCGUGGGCGCGAGGCGUGGGGACCGCGAGGCGUCGUCGACCCGCGGCAGGCGACGGAGAGCUGGCCGCGCGCGCGGCCGCCGCCGCGUGCGAGACGCCUCUGCCCCGUCGCGUCGUGGGAGGCGCUCUGGAAGUAGGGCACCGCCGAGUAGGGUCAAGUCGGGCAUGCCCCUCUACAGGAGGACUUCUCCGAAAUUCGUAACAACCGUCGGGGGGCGAUGUUUGACCGUGUUGGGCUAUGUUUGAAGUUGCUGCGAGCGUGAUUUGUCCGCUUGUCUUCAAAAUCCGCUUGUGGGAGGACGUGCCCGACCUAAGAGUAGGGCGGCGGCGCGCUCCUGCGCCUCCUCCUCGGUGGCUCCCCCGGAUGUCCGGCGGUGACAAGUGUGACAACGGCGGAUGUCUGGGUUCUUGCUUCUCCCGUUCUUUCUCCUCGCCUCCUGCCGCUGCUCUUCCUGCCGCUGCUCUUCCUGCAACCGCGGAGGGCCGAACGAAUUCGCAGACGUCUCCCUGUGUUGGUCAAUCAGCACGUGCGUGGGCGGAUCCCCAGAGUGCUGCCGGCCACAUAAGUUGGCGGGAGUUGUGUGCACUGGCGGAGAAAAUGUUGGAAAGGAG